AUGGAUAAAAGCAUCACUGCCUCGGAAGUACUCGUCCCACCCUCGAUACAAGAGAACUACGACUCUCUUUACAGGGGAAGAUCGUAUGGACACUACAGCGCCGUACCAGUCAACAUCACGCGGAUCACACCGUCGCGACUCGAGCCCGGCACACCAUGUGUUUUGGGCGUGGACGAAGCAGGGCGUGGCCCCGUAAUUGGGCCCAUGAUCUACGGGGUGUACUACCUCCCCAUUGAACUGGAACAAUCUCUUCUCGCUGCGACCUAUCAUUUCGACGAUUCCAAGGUCCUGACUCCUGCUGUGCGAGCCAAUCUCAUGAAAGCCGUUUGCACGGAAGGGACGGAUCUUUUCGACUCGUGUGGCUGGGCGGUGAAAUCACUUAGUGCGUUGGACAUCGGCGCGGGGAUGCUGAAGAACGGAGGCUCGUACAAUCUCAACGCUCAGGCGAUGGAUGCGACGAUCGAGCUUAUCAGAGGCGUCAUCGAGAGAGGUGUGAACGUGACUGAGAUCUACGUUGACACGAUUGGCAGCCCCGCGGUGUAUCAGAGGAAGCUUCAACUGAUCUUUCCGACCGUCAAGGUCACGGUCGAGAAGAAAGCGGACAGUCUCUAUCCAUGUGUUAGUGCUGCCAGCGUGGUGGCGAAAGUCACGAGAGAUGUCAGCUGCGAGAAAUUGCUGGAAGCAUAUGUGCAGCAAGAAGGGUUGUCACCGGAAGAUGAAGGGCUAGAUUGGGGAUCUGGGUAUCCUUCGGAUGGCAGAUGUGUCAACUGGCUCAAGACAGCGAUUGAUCCAGUUUGGGGCUUUGGACAUGAAUGCAGGUUCAGCUGGGGUACUGUGAAAGACAUGCUCGAGCAGAAAAAUGGACCUGCAACCAAGACAGACUGGCCCGCUGAUGCUGACGAGGAAAAUAUGAGAUUGUCGCAUUACUUCAACAACGACGGUUCGCCAGCAGUGAAGACUGAAGUGGAUGAACUACGAACCUGGUUCGGGGCAUCUGUUGGCCAAGAGGCAUUCUAA